CAAAACAACAAAAAGGACUUCCGGGGUGUGCGGCAGCUCGUUGCACGUGAGCUGGACGUUUUUGCAGUGAUGUCAACAAACCCAGAUGGCCCAAACCAUGUCCAGGAGGACGGCUUCGGAGCCUUCGUGGCGCUGCACGGCGGGGCCCUGGGGUCCUCUGGGGUCCCCCAGAUCUACUGGAGGAGCCUCUAUACCAAGAUCACUGACGAGGUUUACGAUGCCGGGGAGGUUUUUGGAAUAAUGCAGGUCCAGCGGGAGGAGGAGGACGAGGACGAAGAAGACGGCGAGAGGAAAAAAGACAAUCCUGGAGUUGUGGUCGGGUGUAAAGUGGUCGUUACCCGGGGAAGCGGGCUGCAAGUCUCAGAUCCAACCAGUAUUUAUCUGGUUGAUCAUGCCUGGACGUACCGUGUGGAGCACGCCAGGCAGCAGCUGGAGCAGAUUCCUGGACUGGUGUCCAGGAUGGCCUCCCUCAUGGGGCUGGACUUCCAUGGUGAGGUCCCGACGCCGGACGUAGUGGAGCUGAUACUGGAGCGCAUGUGGAAAUACAACCAGACCUACCAGCUGUCCCAGGGGUCAGCAGAGGAGAAGGUUCCGGUCUGGUACGUCAUGGAUGAGUUUGGCUCCCAGGUGCAGCACUCAGACCAUCCCAGCUGCUGCAUGGCCCCCUUCUUCUACAUCCAGGGUCAGCUGGCCUACACCCUGCUCUGGCCUCUGCAAGAUCUGCAACAAGGAGAUGAAGUAACUCGUGAUUAUGCGUACGGGGAAACCAACCCACUGCAACGGCGAUGCCGAUUGUUACCCUGGAUACACGAUGAUCUGGACGGAGUGAGCAGUGUCAUCACAGAGCCUGCGGACUCGUACUAUGAGGCCAUUGCCAGAGAGAACAAGGAGCAGCUUCCUGUGGAGGUCCAGCCUGCCACUGUUCCCAAAGACAAGAUCCUCAAAGUCUUCACUGAAAUGUCCCAAGUAAGAAACAACCUGACACAUCCUCGUUUCCUUCUGACUGAGGACGAGGAGGAGGCUGAUAUCAUUUGGAGUUACGGUCACAUCAAGGACUACAGGAAACUGAGUGAAGAGCGACCCCAUGUCAUGCUUAACCAGUUCCCCUGUGAGAACAUUGUGACUGUGAAGGAUUGUCUGGCUGCAGUGGCCCGCAGGAUUAAAGGUGGCCCGACGCCUGAUUGGCUCCCAGAGACCUUCAACCUUCAGAUGGAGCUCCCGCAGUUCAUCAAACAUUAUCAGCUGAGACAACACAGGGGAGAAGACAACCACUGGAUCUGUAAGCCAUGGAACUUGGCCCGUGGACUGGACACACACAUCACCAACAAUCUGGACUACAUAAUCAGACAGAGCGAGAGCUCUCCAAAGGUGGCGUGUAAGUACCUUGAGGAUCCAGUGCUGUUCAGCAGAGAAGAAGUAGGAAUGGUGAAAUUCGACAUCCGCUACAUGCUGAUGCUGCGCUCUGUGCAGCCUCUGCGUCUCUAUGUCUACGAUGUUUUCUGGCUUCGUUUUGCCAACAAGCCGUUCUCCUUGGAUCAUUUUGAUGACUACCAAAAGCACUUCACUGUCAUGAACUACACAGAAGGAGUGCAGCUUAAACAAGUGCACUAUGAUGAGUUCAUCCCCUUGUUUGAGAAACAGUAUCCUCAAUAUCCAUGGAAAGACGUUGAAGCAAGUUUAUUCAAAGCUUUCAAGGAACUCUUCCAAGCUGCUUCAUCUCGACCAGCUCCGUAUGGUAUCUGUCCGUAUCAGUCGUCCCGGGCCAUCUAUGCUGUAGACCUCAUGCUAAAGUGGAGCCAAGGGCAAAAUGGUGAGCGGAUCAUGCAGCCUCAGAUCUUGGAGUUGAACUUCAGCCCUGACUGUGCCCGGGCCUGCCUGUACCACCCUGACUUCUACAACCAUAUGUUCCAGACACUGUUCCUGGAUCAGCCGGAGGACUGCCCUGUCACACAGAUAGUUUGAGAAAAGUCACCACAGGAGACUCUCUAUUGUUGAAGCUUUCAGAAGCACCUGUUCUUUUUUUCAGUCCUAACUGGUUGAUCCGUUUCAUUGCAACAUCCUUUUAUCUGAUCAGUCAUAAGGUAUAACGGCGUCAUCAGAACGUGUCCACGCUGUUUUGUUUUCACAUUGGAAAUCUGACUCGGGUAGAUGAUAAUCAACAUGCAUGUACCAACUGAGUGGAAUAAAAGCAGAAAAGUUAUUGAAACUACUGUUUUGAAAUCAGUUUCAAGACAUGGUCUUUUCUCCCUUCAUCAGCACUUUCCGUCUGUUCUGUUUUUUUUUAAUCAGUCCUCCAGCUCAGAUGGCGAAAGCCCAUGUCACCAGACAUAACUGUUAUUGUCAAUGCGAGGCCGCUCUCCGGGUGGCAAGGCCAUUCCGCCAUGUAAUAUAAAUUGAAAAUCUGUUGGCAACUAACACAUUCAAUAAAUACGAAUGUGAGUCUGCGUGUUCAGAAGAAGAA